CUCUCUCUCUCUCUCUCUCUCUCUCUCUCUCUCUCCCCCCAAAAUUCAGAGGCGCUCUGCAAAGUGUCAGCCCUGCUCAGUGGAAAUCAUGUCUUUGAACACUAUGAAGAAGAUACUCUGCCAAUAAACGUUAAAAAGGCGCCUGACUGGAACAAGUCUGAGUGAAGUUCACUCCAUCAUCUACUCCAGUGAAAGACGCCAGGAUGCGCGCGGAACUCGGUAUCCUUUGUGCUUUGACUUUCCUGGUCUCGUGCACCCAUGGCGCGCGAGUUGUGAGCGGUCAGACAGUGUGUCAAGGCAGUCCUGAGCACCCUUGCUAUAAGAUCGCUUACUUCAGGGACGUGACGAGUCGUGUUGCGUUCUGGGAGGCUCUGCAGGCGUGUGAAAUGGACGGCGGUUCGUUGCUGAGCAUUGAGAACACGGCAGAGCAGAAGCACAUCGAACACCUCCUGCGGGAACUCAGCAUCUCCACUUCCACUAGUGCUGCCACCGGGUCGGGUAUCACAGACGGAGACUUCUGGAUCGGCCUGACUCGCGUGGAGGGCGAGAACGCACAGGAGCCUGGCAGCUUCGCCUCAUGCCCCAACCUGUACAGGUGGACUGAUGGAAGUGUCUCACAGUUCAGAAACUGGUAUGCUGAUGAACCAUCCUGUGGAGGAGAAGCUUGUGUGGUCAUGUAUCACCAGCCUACUGCUCUCGCCGGGCCUGGCGGGCCGUAUCUCUACCAGUGGAAUGAUGACCGGUGCAAUAUGAAGCACAAUUUCAUCUGCAAGUAUGAACCAGAAAGCUACCUGGUAAAAGAACAGAGCGACAGGCCUGGAGGGCGUGAUGUUGAUCUUUCAACAGAAGAACAAGAGGAGAGGAGAACACCUCCCGUCGACCAGGACGAGAGCCCUCAACUUAUAAUGCCAGGGCCCUCAAGUAUGCUGCUAAUCUACGUGAUUAUCCCUACCAUCCCUCUUCUCUUGCUGAUCCUGGUGGCUUCAGGGACGUGCUGUUUCCAGAUGUUGAGCAAGAGUAAACCACGGACCAAAACAAGCGUUAACCAAUCAACUCUCUGGAUCUCCAAGACGCCAAAGACAGACAGUGGGAUGGAGGUUUAAAGAUUAAUCUCCAUGAUUCAAGCAGCUUCCUGGUUCUGUCUAUGUUGCUUGGUCAGCAACACGCUCGUCCGGUUGUUAGUUUAGUGUGUGAUUUAGUAAAACAAGCUCAAAUGUGCAGCACCAGAAGAGCAGUUACACACGUAUCGCAUUUCUGUACAAAUGUUGUGCUUAGAGCUGGUCCUCAGCCUCUUACAACCACGCAGUUUCCUGUUCACUCCCAUGACCUUCUCCAUUUCAUGUUUCAUGUCAGAUAGAUAGUCUGACCUGAGGGUACUGAAGGCUGCUUAGGGAGGGUGAAUGCUAAUUGGCACCAAACACAGUGAGCAAUUAAAUUACUGUAAUUAAAGCAAGUACAAGUGGGAACCACAUAAAAAGAGGAAUUAAGAGUUCCUUCUAACAGCGAAAAGUGUCACACAAACUGAAGCUUGUGACACAGUAAAUAAAUGAAUCACUUAAAGAGCAUAACAAAGCCUGCUUCAAAAGGGUUCAGAAGAAUUGGAGUACUUUGUGACUCAUUCAAGAAAUUAGAGGCCCAUUUAAUCUCAAACAUUACUCAUGCAGUGUGAUGCAUUGCCUAUGACGCCAUAAUAUCAUGCAUAAUUACCUGCAUAUACAACUGAUAAUUUGAUAAUGAUGAGAUUUAUUUUAAAACAUACAUGAUCAUUACUUAAAUAACUGGUAGGACCGACUUAAAUAGCGACUGUUUUGCUCUGCAGCUUAU